UUUUGUGCUAUUGAUUUAUGAGAUCUGAAUUGUAGAAAUUGGCCAUUUUUUUAGCAAUUCUAUAUAAGGUUUACAUGAGAUCACUUAUGACCUGAUGCAAACUUAAUGUUGACUUCAUUCUUUGCUUUUUGACUAAAGACUUACCUGAGUCUAUCCUUGUUAUUUUCUUCGGUUCAUUGCUAUGCUAUGGUUGCCUUUUUAGUUGGUUUUAUCUUGUUUUCCAAGCCUGAUUUUAAUAAGGACCAUGUUCAUAAAAACAUUUAUUGGACAAAGCAAUAGCUUGCACAAUGUUCCUGUGAGCUGUAUAGCAGACAAAGUUCAAUCCUUAUCUUAAUGGAUAGUUUUGUUCAUAUGUGUAUGAUGAAAGAAUUAUUAACUAUAGAUAUAAGGGCUCCUAGAAUUUGGACAAUGCUACUCUUAUUUGUUAAAAAGUUUCUUUUUAUUUAUUACUUUUACUGAAUAUUGCAAGCUAUCUACUGGGCCUUGAAUAUUAUGUUAUAGCAGCAGAUUGCAAUGGCUUUUGAUUUUUAAUGCUUUCGUCAUUACAAAAUUGUAGUAGUUUUCAUGAACUUUUAAGACUGGAUUGAUCAUCUAAACCAGCCAUGGUGUUCUUGUUUCACAUAAACUCUUCAGGUCUAAAGUUGAACUGUUGUCUGUUGGAGAAGCUAUAGGAACUGAAAAUAUUGCUUCUUGCAAUGGGGGCUUCCAAUUCUAAAAUGGAAGAUGACAAGGCCCUUCUGUUGUGCCGGGACAGAAGGCGCUUUGUAAGGCAGGCUCUUGAUGGAAGAUGCUUACUGGCAGUGUCGCAUGUUUCUUAUAUUCAAUCCCUCAGAAAUACUGGAACUGUGCUUAGAAAAUUUGUGGAGUCUGAUGCCCCAACUGAAUCUUCCUUGAAUACAUCAACAUCGGCAACCCCUGAACCUCUUUCUUUGACAGACAAGUCAGCUUCACAGAUCUCAAGCUCAUCUCCGGCUCUUUCACAGCAUGUAGAAGCAGUUGAGUCAUUUUCCCCGGUUCCUUCACCCCUCAGUUCACAGCAUUUUCAUGUAAACAACAUGAAAGCUUUUAGAAGUUUUACCACAACAAUCAAAGAGAAGCCACCAACUCCAGUAAUUUCAACUCUUCAAACUGAGGUCACCACACCCAAAGGAACCACAUCAGUAACGGAUGAGGAUUCAACUGCUGAAACUCCGCUACCUCCUGAGACACCUCCAUGGGAUUAUUUUGGCCUCUUCCACCCAAUUGACAACCAAUUCUCCUUUCAAGAGGACGCUCCUUUGAACCUUGGAUUAGACAAUGCUAGUUAUGUUAAACGUCUCAGAGAAGAAGAAGGCAUUCCUGAAUUGGAAGAGGAAGGAGAACAUGUCUCUGGUAAUGGAAGGGAUGACUUUGACUCAGAGGAUGAUUUUGACCAACCUUUGACUGAACCCCUAGUUCGAACGUUUAAAAAUAGGAAUGCAGCUUUGGAUUCCAACCCAACCGCAGAGUCUUCUGUCAAUGAAACUGAGAAAAAUUCUAUUUUAGAAGCUAAGCAGUUAAAUCAGGAGAAACUGAUGAUUGGGGAUGGUAUGCAUGAGACUGAUGAAGCAGCUCCACAGGCUCCGCCAAAAGAACCAUCCAUUGUGUUUACUGCCUAUCAAUGGGCCAUGAAAAGCAGCAUGUCUGCAAAUAAAUUUGCCACAAAGGAUUUGAUGACAUGCGUUUGGGAAAUUGAAGAUCUAUUUCUAAAGGCUUCUGAAUCUGGAAAAGAAGUUCCCAGGAUGCUGGAGGCUUACAAAGAGAACUUCCGCCCUUUGUUCAGUGAAUAUAAAGCUCGCAGAUCGAAGGCAUCUGCUUAUCUUGCAUCUUGUGUGGGCUGGUGCGGCGAAGAAACCCCUCUUCAUGAGGAAUCUGCUCCAAAUGAGACAAAGUAUUUAACCUGGCAUAGGUCGGAAUCAUCUCUCUCUUCAUCAUCAAGAAAUUUAAUUGGUGUGAGUUCAAAAGAUGAUGGUGCAAGCUUCAGUGACAAUAUACUUAACAGCAGAUUUAUGAAUUCAGGUAGUCAUGCAUCAACGUUAGAUAGGCUGUAUGCAUGGGAGAGAAAGCUCUAUGAUGAAGUCAAGGCCAGUGGCAUCAUUCGAAGAGAAUAUGACGCGAAAUGUAGGCUGCUUAGACAUCAAGAAUCCAGAGGAGAAAGUCCAUAUAAGAUUGAUAAAACCCGUGCUUGUGUCAAGGACUUGCACUCAAGAGUCAAAGUAUCAAUUCAUAGAAUUGAUUCUAUAUCAAAGAAGAUCGAAGAAUUAAGGGAUAACGAGCUCCAACCACAACUAGAGGAGUUAAUUGAAGGGUUGGCACAAAUGUGGGAAAGGAUGCUCGACUGCCACAAGCAUCAAUGCAUCAUCAUCUCGUCAGUGUCCAACAAUGGCAGUGCCAAAGUCUCAGUAAGGCCAGAAUCUCAACGGCAAGUGGCCGCCCUCGUUGUGUUUGAGCUGAAUUCUCUCUACUCAAGCUUUACCAAAUGGAUCUCUGCGCAUGAGUCCUACUUGGAGGCCAUCAACGGAUGGCUUCUCAAGUGUGUGUUCCCUUUGAGGCACAAAUCCUCGAGGAGCAGGAGAAACUCAGAGUUUUCUCAGUUUUCUCCACGGAGAGACGGGGCUCCUCCCAUCUUCGUGACGUGCCGGGAUUGGUUAAAGAUGCUCAGUGAAUUGCCGACACGUGAAGUGGAGGGUGCCAUAAAAAAUCUAGUUUCGAUCACAACUCACUUCUUGCCUCAUCAAGAAAAGAUUCAUGGCAAUUCAAAACCACUUUUCUCGCUUUCGAAGAAUGCAGGAAAAUACGAAGAACUGAAAGAAGGCAUUCAGAGGAAUGAAACCCAAGUUGAUCAAUGGAAUCUCGACGGUUUUCAAUCGGGUCUUGCAAACCUUUUGUAUCAAUUGAAAACAUUUGCGGAAUCAUCAUUGAAAAGCUAUGGUGCUCUUCAGAUGUCGAUAGAGGCUGCUCGCGAGGCUUAUGAGAAAGACUAGAACAUGAAUGCCAUUUUUUUUGUCUUUUAACUGCAAAAGGUCGGUAAGAAAACUGAUCAUAUGAUUCACAGAAGGUAUUAUGAAUAGAUUUUGAUGUAUUUCUUUGGCAAUUUGUAAAUGAUGCAGGGGAAUAAAGAGAAUGUAUAAGUAGUGCUUUGUACAUGUGUUGUGUAUAAAAGUGUUUGUUGA